AAAAAAAAAUGCGACCAUUUCAAAGCGGUGUUCUCGCUCUUCCUCUCACAGAAGAAGAGGGGGUUCUUUGAGGGGGGGAGGUGGAGGUGGAGUGAGAAAUGGCGAUGGUUAUGGUGGUGGAAGGUUAUACUACUACUACUAGUAGUCUUAUUAUUUUAGGUCUGAGUUUAAUGAUUCUUCUCAUCUUUCUUCUUCUUCUAUUGGCUUAUUGUAAGCCAUGGCGUUUCUUCUUUUCUUAUUCCAGAAAUCGAAAUUCAUUCAAGGUUGGAGACCUGGAGCGGCCUCUUGUUUCAGAGGCUUUGGAUCAGGUAGCAAACCAAAGCAGCGAUUUGGCAAGAGACUGUGUUUUAGAUGGCACUCGUCUCCAAAUGGAAGGAUAUUUCAACUCUCCAAGAGUACAUGGAUUUGUCUGUAAACAGAGACUACCAUCUGCAGAUGCUCAUGUAGCCCAAGGUGCUAGCUUGGUUUUAGAUGUGAUACCUGAUCCUUCAGAAGAUCUUCUAGUCGGUCAAACUCUUAAACGUCCAUUUUUCCCAAAUCGCAUUCUAGAAGAGCAAAAAGAUACCAUAAAGGAAGAAACAAAUUACGAUCCUACAUUUGUCUCCAACAAUGCAGGCUAUCAAGAAUUCAGACUCAAUGAUGCUGAAAAUCAAAGAAGCAGCCUGACGCUGGAAGUUGUAUCUGGUCCAUCUCGUGGGACUCGUCACCACCUACAGUCUACAGAUGCUUCAAGACUUCCUUUGACCCUUGGAAGAGUUUCUCCUAGCGAUCUGUUGCUGAAGGAUGGAGAAGUUUCAGGGAAGCAUGCCCUGGUCAAGUGGAACCUGAAUAAAAUGAAAUGGGAGCUAGUGGAUAUGGGUAGCCUGAAUGGAACAUUCUUGAACUCUCAUCAAGUUUCACAUCCUGAUACCAGAAGUAGACAAUGGAGUGAUCCAGUUGAGCUUGCUACUGGAGACAUAAUAACUCUAGGAACAACAUCUAAAGUAAAUGUUAAAAUCAGUUCUUAUGGGAAACAAGAAACCCCCUUUGGAGUUGGUAUGGCAUCUGAUCCUAUGGCUUUGCGCCGUGGAGGGAAAAAGCUUCCAAUGGAAGAUGUGUGCUAUUACCAAUGGCCCCUUCCUGGAAUCGAACAGUUUGGCUUGUUUGGGAUUUGUGACGGGCAUGGUGGACCUGCUGCUGCUAAAGCCGCUAGCAAGAUUCUACCCGAGAUUGUCACCAAUAUAUUGUCAGUGUCAGAAAGAAGAGAAAUGGUGCUUUCUGGAUGUGAUGCUUCAGACAUCCUUAGAGAUGCAUUUUUUCAGACAGAAGCAGCUAUGCAUCAUCAGUAUGAGGGUUGUACUGCUACACUGCUUUUGGUUUGGAUUGAUAGCCGUGAACAACUCUAUGCUCAAUGUGCAAAUGUUGGAGAUUCUGCUUGUGUUAUGAAUGUUGGUGGGCAGCAGAUCAAGAUGACAGAAGAUCAUAGAAUAACUAGUCAGACUGAAAGACUACGGUUGAACAAAGCAGGAGAACCCUUGAAAGAUGGUGAAACCCGGCUAUGUGGUUUGAACCUUGCCCGCAUGCUCGGAGACAAAUUCCUCAAAGAACAGGAAGCGCGGUUCAGUGCGGUACCAUAUGUUAGUGAAGCUAUUCAAAUAGAUAGAAACAGCAGGGCUUUUGCACUAAUGGCAAGUGAUGGCUUAUGGGAUGUCAUUAGCGUGAAAAAAGCAGUGCAACUUGUCCUUCAGACAAAGGAGAGAUAUGCAGUAGAGAAUGCGAAUAAUGUAGCGGACAAGAUUGCUAAUUUCAUUUUGAGUGAAGCAAGACUUCUACGGACAAAGGAUAAUACAUCCAUAAUUUUCUUAGAUUUCGACAACACCUCUAGAACUGUUCCUUGUAAAGUUGAUUCUUGAAAUGUACCAACAUGCUUCAUAUUUAUGGAAAUUAUUUUAAAUCUA